AUGAGCACCCCAUCAUGGAAACCUAAAGGCAAUACGUUUUGUAAGUACUGCCAACAAUGGAUUCGUGAUACACCUUCGGAGCAAAAAAGACACGAGAGAUCCAAACACCACGUUAUAAAUGUUCAAAAUUAUAUCCGAAAUCAACAGCAACAAGAGAGAAACAUUGAAAAGGAGCAACAACGAAAUCGGAAAUUGUUAGAUAACAUUGAAAAAAGAGUAUCCAAAAAUAUAAAUAAUGAUGAGUCUUCAAAUCCAUAUUAUCAACAAUACCUUCAGCAUCAAGCGGAAAUGCAAAAGGUUCCGAUAUUUCCUCCACCAAUUCAUUUGCUAUCACCACCGCCUCAACAACAGCCACCACUACAGGACCAAGCUGAAUUGAUCAAAGAGCAAACAUCACAUGAAGAAAAUGUUGAACCUGAAUUGUUUGAACAUAAUGAUUUACCUCUGAGCGCACUUGUCUCGGCCAGUGAAAGUGGAACUGAACAGCAAUCGAUUGUAAAAUCGAAGAAGAAAAAGAAGACUGCUGGAGCCAAUUCUGCACCAGCUGAAAUUGGUGGAUACUAUGAUGAUCCCAACUAUUUUUACUACGAGCAAGAGGAAAGCAAAGAAGACACUUCCACUAAGGCAACUGAAGAUAAAUCUAGUAGUGAACAAAAAGAAAGUUUCAAGGAUGUUUCUGCUGUUCCCAAAACACAGGUAUCCUCAUGGAAGAAUAAGUAUGCCCAGAAUUAUUCAACAUCGGCUAGUGCUACCUUUGGACAAUGGGAGGUUGUGAGUGUCACGAAACGUGAACCUGUAGCUUCAAAUGAUGAGACAUCACAUUCUUUUGCAACCGAUACUGGUGAUCAUUUGAAAAAUGAUGACCCUGAAACACAUGAAGAAGACAAACUUGGUGGAAGUUAUACUCACCACAAUGCCGACAAAAAGAAGAGAAAAUUUGAUACCACUGUGACAUCGAGUGGUUUAGUCUCUUCCACGAAGAAAGUCAAAUCUGAAGACUCAACACAACCUAAAAAACCCAUUUCAUUUUCCCUCUCCAAGAAAAAGUAA